GUUGCACCAAUGUUACAUGAGGAAGUUCAGGAUAUUGUAGUGACCGGUGGAGAUUUAAGAGCAUAUAGAGGUAAAGCUUCAACUGAAGAGAUUAAUCGGGCGGAUGAAGGAUCUUUCAACUCAACAGAGGGAAUGGUUGCAGAGAUGCUCGUUGAGUUGCCUCUAGAAACUCGUGUACCAGAAGCAGGUGCGGGAAUACAAGUCGGGGACAUCACUGAUCAUUCAAUUUUAGAGACCCCACCCAGGUUCGAUGACAACAUUACUAAGUCACAAUGGUUGAUCCCUGACGAAAUGUUACCAAGCCAAAUAGGUUCGUCAGGAUUCUCUGUGUUUCAUCAAACGGGUAACAAAGGAUUUGUUAUGCCAGUAAUGUCCGCUGACAAAGGAAUACAAAGAGGCGUUGAUUAA